AUGCCAGCGGACUCCAAGCUUCGAGGGAGCGGCCUCCGUUUGCGGCCAUUCUAUGCGACCGUCUUUCUCAUAUCUCUUUUGGCAUUGUGGUCCCUUUUGAGCAAGACGACCGAGAGACAACUUCGCCUACAAGACACCUCACCCCUCACCAAGCGAUCCGAGCUCACAGCAUGCCGCGAUGUCCACCGCGCCAACGACCAGUGUGCCUUUGUUAAGGCGCACUGCGCCGAUGACGAGCCUGGCCUCAUCUCUUACCUGACGCUUUAUUACUGCGGCCUUGCCAAAGUCCAGUCCUUGGCCUUCGUUAUCCUCGUGUGCUGGCUCGGCCUGCUCUUCACCACCAUCGGCAUCGCCGCCAGUGAUUUUUUCAGUGUCAACCUCAACACCAUCUCUGCCAUCCUGGGCCUCAGCGAGAGUCUAGCUGGCGUCACGUUCUUGGCCUUUGGCAAUGGAUCUCCCGACGUCUUCAGCACCUUUGCGGCCAUGAGCUCCAACAGCGCCAGCAUGGCGGUUGGAGAGCUGAUCGGCGCAGCGAGCUUCAUCACUGCCGUGGUAGCCGGAUCAAUGGCGCUGGUCCGCGAGUUCAAAGUGGGGAGGAAGACCUAUGUUCGGGAUCUAUCCUUCUUCAUCGUCGCCGUAUGCUUUACCAUGCUGUUCCUGGCCGACGGCCACCUGCAUCUAUGGGAAUGCAUAACGAUGAUUUGCUACUACAUGUUCUACGUGGUUACCGUUGUUACCUGGCAUUGGUAUUCAACGAGGCGGAGUCAGCAGCGCGCCCGUGAAGCAGCAGCACGAGGCCAUGUAUACGGAGCGGUGGGGCAUCUCAGCGACGAACUGGCUCCGGAGCCGUACCGGGAUGAUCCCGACGAAGAGGACCGCCGCGUGAUGUCUGUGGCCGCCUCUAGUACCAGGGAUAUCAAUAUGCUGGAAGCGGGACCAAGAAUUGAAGUUGAUGGUCAUGCUGAAGAACAAGAUGAGGUGGAGGAUAGCGACCACGGGCGGCACGUAGUGGCGGAGAUGGCAAGCAGCAUGCGAGUGCUGCGACCUAGAGGCAGACGACGCAACACUCUCACGCCUAUCCGCCCUAGUUUGGUCGGUGCCUUGGAGUUCCGGUCAACUCUUGCACAGUUACAGAAGGAAAGCAACCACAGAAUGCGGCCGAUGCAUGGCCGGGCGCACUCGGUCAAUCAUCUCGGGGGUGUCAGCGAAACAAAUACGAUACUGGGGCCGCCCUCUGACUCGGGAAGAUACACAAUCGGCGCGGUUGAAGAGUUUGGGCAGAACAGGAAUCGUGCCUUGUCAUCUGGCGACGUUCCGGGUUCCGUCACCAGCCGAGAUCCCUCCCCUUGGCGUUUUCCCCCUUCGGCGGCCCACGCCAACCCAAUCCAACAGGUCAAGGCCCAAGACGCUAGGAACCGAAGUCGAUCGCCGGCUUUCAAAAUCGGUGGCAAUUUGGCACCUCCCCCAGUUGAUAUGGUGCCACCCCAACGUCAAGAUUCAGGCGGUAGCGAUGCCAUCGAGCCUCGGCCGUCCUCUGGUGUUCUACUUUCACUUCAAAUACCAAGUCGGCGCGGAAGCUUCAGUGACAGGUCCUCGCCUGUGUCACCUUUCCCUGGCUAUACAGAGUCGCCUCUAGCCCUGACGCCAGCUGCCCAGAAUGAGCAGGCUGACUACUUCACGUCGCCCGGCGUAACUCGCCUAGAAGUUCCUUUUGCACCUUAUGAAAUGGCCGCUCCCAAGCCAGUGAAGUGGUGGCCAUACGCAAUCUUACCCCCGCCGCACAUCCUCUGGGCAACGUUGUUCCCGACCUUGCUGGGCUGGAAGCAGAAGAGUCAUUGGGACAGAUUUGUCAGUGCAAUCUCUGUCCCAAGUAUCUUGCUCCUGGUGGUGACGCUACCGGUGGUAGAAAACGAGAGCGCCGACGAUGCCUUGGAUGAAACUGCCGCUGAUCCGUUGAUGCGGGAACAUGAUCAUUGCGAUGUUAUGCUUCCAGCAGCUGCCUACUACGGUAUCGGGGAAGAGACGGAGUGGCAGCGCUUCAGACGGAGCACCAUGUCACAUUCUCGUGUGCAUUCUGUGCAUUCCAUUGAUCAGUCGCCGAAGGAUUACUCACCGAAGGCUUCUCCAGCGCUCAUCGCAAUCGACACCCCGAAUGGUGCGCGUGUGUCGGCGGAAAUACAUCCGCAACACACCAAAAAAGCAACAAUGUUGCCCUCGGAAAGCAGCCUUGCCGCUGCCGAUGAUUCUGGACAUUGGAACAGAUGGCUUGUCGUGAUCCAACUUUUCACCGGUCCUCUUUUUGCCGUCAUUAUACUAUGGGCGAACAUGAAAGAGGACUUCGACCAACCGUACAAGACCCUUGUUAGGUUCGUUCUCUAUACACUCAUGGCGUCCACGGCACUACUUGGAUUUCUGCUCUUAGCAACGAGCCCCGAUAAACGGCCCAAAUAUCACUUCCUGCUGUGCUUCAUGGGAUUUAUAAUCGCCAUCGCCUGGAUCUCCACUAUUGCUAGCGAAGUGGUUGGCGUCCUGAAAGCCUUUGGAGUGAUCUUCGGCAUCUCCGAAGCACUUCUCGGGCUGACUAUCUUUGCAGCGGGAAACAGUGUGGGUGACCUGGUUGCCGACAUCACUGUUGCCCGGCUUGGAUUUCCCGUUAUGGCUCUAUCCGCUUGCUUCGGCGGUCCCAUGCUUAAUAUCCUUCUUGGUAUUGGCAUCGGCGGCGUGUACAUGAUGGUCCAGGCUGCCAAUCAUCGGCAUAAUAAGCACCCUGACAGGCCACUCAAAUACCACUCAUAUGAAAUCCAGAUCGGAGGCACAUUGAUGAUUUCUGCUAUCACUCUGCUUCUUACAUUACUAGCCCUCUUGAUCAUUGUUCCGAUGAACAAGUGGGUGAUGUCACGCAAAAUAGGAUAUGGAUUGAUCGUGCUGUGGACGGUUAGCACCAUUGUCAACGUCGCUGUUGAGUUGACCGGGGUUUGGACCGACGUGUCCUAUUUUUUAACCAUUUAA